UUUUUUAACAGCAGAAAUAACACGUAUUCACCGGGAGAGACAGCAAACGCAGGGAUUCUAACUUUUUAAUGGAACGGUCGUGCACAGAUUUGGCGAUGAAAGCUGAUUUGCGGUGAAUUCUGGAUGGACAGUUUUUAAACAAAGCUUCAGUUCAAACAGAUCACGGAGGCGCUGAAGGGGACCGUCGGAAUUUACCGGUAACAAGUCAAAAAAAAAAAAAAAAAAAACGGGGAGGGGGGCACAACUAACUCCUCUUUUGAAGAAAGAAACAACAACAAAAAAACGUCUUAUUUUAAUCGCACGUUGAAGUCGGUGAGAAGGAGCUGUGGUCCGAAAGAGACCAACUUUUGUUCAUUUUGCCAUCAUGGCGAAAAAGUAUGAUUUCCUCUUCAAACUCUUACUGAUCGGAGACAGCGGAGUGGGAAAAACAUGUCUGAUUAUUCGCUUCGCGGAGGACAAUUUCAAUUCCACGUACAUAUCGACUAUCGGCAUUGACUUUAAAGUUAAAACGAUUGACGUUGAUGGAAAGAAAGUGAAACUACAAGUCUGGGACACAGCGGGGCAGGAGAGGUUCAAGACCAUCACAACAGCCUACUACAGAGGAGCCAUGGGUAUCAUUUUGGUGUAUGACAUCACAGAUGAGAAGUCUUUUGAAAACAUUCAGAACUGGAUGAAGAGCAUCAAAGAGAAUGCAUCAGCUGGUGUCAGCCGGAUGUUGCUAGGUAAUAAGUGUGACAUUGAAGCCAAGCGGAAAGUUUAUAAGGAGACAGGAGAGAAGCUGGCAAAAGAUCACGGUAUCAGGUUCUUUGAGACGAGCGCAAAGUCCAGCAUUAACGUUGAGGAGUCUUUUAUUGCUUUGGCACGUGACAUACUACACAAGUCCAGCAAGAAACCAGGUCCAGCUGGUCGUGAGGUGAAAAUCACCAGCAGUACAGGGAAAAAGCCCUCCAAAUGUGCACUUCUUUAGGCGGGAUGCUGAGCAGCAUGCACACUGAAGUGCCACGAAACUGAACACGUCAGUAUUAUUCUGGAAACGUGCAACAAGUUUGUUUGUCUCCAUCUGGUGGGGCUUCACAGUGCCAAAAGUAUGUGUUCUGCAGAACUAUCAAUAUUUGUUUUGCAAAUGUUUGUACUCCGGCUUCAUAGGAUGUUACUGGACCAGAAAAAUAAAUUAUCAUCUUCUUUUUUAGGUCUGAAAAUGUAAUUACGUUGUAUUUACCAGUGCAUACCACAAAGGUGAGAAGAUGGUUCUGUAGUCUUAAAUGUGUCUUUCUUUUCUUCUUUUUUUUCUUCACUGAUCUUAGUGUACCUGAGUGGCUCCAGUAAUGCAUAUCUGGAUCCUUGAAUUUUUUUUGUUACAUAUUUUUUCUAAGCUUGUACACAGGAGAAUUAAAAAAAUUAAAACAUUUUUUCUUCUGUCUUUGGGUAGUUUGCCCUGUUCUGAAAUAUGUAAAUAAUUCUCCUCACUAACGUGUAUCAAUCUGCAUGAAAUGAUGCCGACUGAAUGUUUAAUCUGAAUUUGACGAGCAGAAUAAUGUUUCCAUCCUGUAAAAAUGAUUUAUAUUCAAGUCUUUCUGUACAACUGAGAUGAAUAAUUAAGGAUCUUCCUGGUCACAUUAUGAGAAACUGGACCCACUCUCUUCAUAGCAGUAAGUGAUUUGAUGCUGAAGGUGUUUUAGAUGUACUCAGCGCUGUUUAAUGGGGUUUUGAUUUCACAGACAGUAUGAUGGAGAACGUGGACAAUAGUUACAAAGUUAUGUGCAAUAUGAGCUGAUGAGUGAAAAGAUGGAGCGAGUGAAU